UUAUUGGAUUUUAAUUGAUUAUUAUUGGUGGUGGGUCAUAAUAUGGCAAUAGGCUUGUUGCGUUCUACUUUGCGUGGAUGGUUAUUUCCAAAGUGGUCAUCCCUUCCCCAUCUACGCAGACACUUGCAAAACGAAGCAUACAAAGUAUCCUUCGAUACCUACAAGUUGGUCCAAGUCUUGGAAUCCAGUGGAUUUCCUCGAAAGCAAGCCCAAGUGUUAUCCGAUAUUCUCGUCGGUGUUACUCACGAAAGUAUGAGGAACGGUAUCGACUCCCUUGCGUCGAAGAAUGACUUUGCCACACUCCGAUCGGAACUGCAAAUCCUGGAAAAAGCCGAUUUCCAAGUGCUCAAGUCGGAUCUUCAACUGUUGGAGAUGAAGUUACAAACUUCCGUUGCACAUAUUCAUACAGAAAUGGAGCGCAUAGAGAACAGAGUUAUCAAGUGGGUGAUUGGUGCAACUGGAACGGUUUGUGCUUUGGUAAUGGGUUUCUUGCGGUUGGGGAUUGGAGGUUCCAGUAUGCCUCCACCUGUUGCUAUGGAAAAGGAACCUACGAGUGAAAAGUGAUGUUGAGCUAUCCACUCAUUAUGUCUAAAAUAACGUGAUUGGAGUAAGAUGCCAUCGUCUUCUCACAA